GUCAAGCAAAUCGGAGUCGCCAAAGAGGAAAAAAAGGAGAGGUUUGGGUAGAGAGGGGAUCGCGAGACGAAAAUGGAGGUUCCAGGUUCAUCGAAGAAGAUGAUCGCAACGCAGGAAGAGAUGGUCGCAGCCAAAGUACCCCUCGGAUACAGAGAUCAGUGCGCUCAUCUCCUGAUCCCGCUCAACAAAUGUCGCCAGGCUGAGUUCUUCCUCCCGUGGAAGUGCGAGGACGAGCGCCACGUGUACGAGAAGUGCGAGAACGAGCUCGUCAUGGAGAGGAUGCUCGCGAUGCAGAAGAUCCGCGAGGAAGAAGCCAAGGCUAAACAGGAUAAGAAACAAGGGAACGGUGUUCCUCUGAUCCCUAAGACCGCUAAUGCUUAGCCCCUCCUCGAUUCGAUUUUCCAGGUUUCCGGGAAUCUCUGGAACUGUGAAGAAGGUGGGGCUCUGCUUUUCAGUAUUUUCUUCUUGUUGGUGAUGAAAAAUUUGUUGCUACAUUCUCAGAUGUUCAAAGAUUAUAUCUCUUUUCGUUUUUUUUCUUCCUCUUGUUUAACUUUGUGAAACUGUUUCACAGAAAAGAAAAAAAUAAGAUGCAAACACUCAUCUUUUUGUUGGUUUUC